ACAAUGGCUCUUGUUUGCCGUAAGUAUAAUGCACGGCGUUGGCUUCAAUUGUUGCGGCGAAAUUACACAGCAGGCUCGGAUUUUCGUGAAAACUCAAAGACACCUAUACUCGCUCCGAGAGCUAGCUGUGAGCAGAGCGAUCGCGUUGCGCAAAGUCGGCUCCAAAGUUCCGUCACACCGAUAUUCAGAGGAAUCUCAAAAAACAACUUUCUCUUUCUUCGUUAUAGGCACACGCGAUCGAGAAUUUCGGCGGGCCCAACUUUUUGCGCUUCUAUAAUCCAAACGACAGCUCGCUUGCAGCGGCGCCCGAAGCGCUCUUUGUCUCUCGGGGCGCGAGCGCGCGCGAAGAAAGGAUCGCUCGUUGGCCACCAGAUAAUAAAGGCAACGAAUUGAUCCCGAGGAGUCUCGCGGCAAAACAAUUUUUUCUCCAGCGGAGGUCCUUGAACCCCCUCGAGCGACUGAAUCAUUCCAAAGUCAGCUGUCGCGCGCGUCAUCGGGAUGCACCUGAGCGCCGGGUUCCGAGGAAAACUCGUACGUGCAGCGCCGGUGCGUGGGACGGUAGGACGUGCGUCGCGCGCACAAUGCACAUCGCGCCUACGAAAAUUUAGCGCUCGUCGCUCCUUUGAAGAAAAGCCGGCGGCGGUGGCGGGGAUCACGCAGACAGAGAAACUGGAAAUGUCUUCCUUUCACCGCAAGCGCGUAUACGCGCUAUGGUACGAGGCACGUAUCCCCCGCCUCUCGCUCUCAGCGAGGAUAUUCCAUCGAGAGAUGGAAAUGGAAGCGCGCGGGCUGCUGCCGGUGCUGUUCCAUCCGUAAGUAUAGUUACUCGCGAGCAGUCGACCCAUGAAAGUAACAGUGCGCCGGCAAAGGAUUCAGUGAGCUCCGCGGCUCUCAGCACACGGGAGGGAGAGAAAGAAAACUCGCGCGGCGAAGGUGACUUUCUGCAUGCGAGCGAAACUUGGAGCUCUCGCGCGCGCGCUCGACGACUCAGUCCGCCUGGAUGUGCGAAUCCAUGCACGUCGGCAGCUCACUCUCGCUCGGGCCGUAUCAAAGUGAAGGACGACGUUAUCUGCCACAGUGCUGUAGCGAGUCUCUCCGUGCGCGAGAGAUGCCACUGCCCUAAACCGGAGAAGGAGCUUCGACGAGACACGCAACUGGGGCCAGCUGGAAGACCGGCGCUUUGGGCGCCUCGAUACACUCCGGGACCAUGGAUUGGAAGGUGCUAGUCGGAUCUAAGGUUUUACUGCUGAUACUACUUUCGACGAGCGUAAAAAGCGAUGAAGGAGAGAAGCGAGUUGUUUGUUACUACACAAAUUGGUCUGUGUACAGGCCGGGAACGGCAAAGUUCUCACCUCAAAAUAUCAAUCCGUAUCUCUGUACCCAUCUGAUAUAUGCAUUCGGUGGUUUUACAAAAGAUAACACUUUGAAGCCAUUCGACAAAUACCAAGAUAUUGAUAAGGGUGGAUAUGCAAAAUUCACUGGUUUAAAAACGUACAACAAAGAUCUGAAAACUUUGUUGGCUAUCGGAGGUUGGAAUGAAGCUUCUAGUCGUUUUUCACCCAUGGUCGCUGAUCCACAUAAGAGGCGAAAGUUUGUAAAAAAUGUUGUCAAGUUUUUGAGGCAGAACCAUUUUGAUGGCCUGGAUCUUGAUUGGGAAUACCCAGCUUUUCGAGAUGGCGGUAAACCUAAAGAUAGAGAAAAUUAUGCAAGCUUUGUACAGGAACUUCGGGAGGAGUUCGAGAAAGAGGCUUCUAAAACUGGAAGGCCAAGACUGUUGCUGACGAUGGCAGUACCCGCGGGUAUCGAAUACAUCGAUAAGGGCUACGAUAUUCCGAAAUUGGAUGAAUAUUUAGACUUCAUCAACUUGCUAUCGUACGAUUACCAUUCCGCUUACGAGCCAGCUGUUAAUCAUCAUGCUCCGCUACGACCAAUCGAAGAAGACAACGAGUAUAAUUACGAUAAUGAAUUAACGAUAGAUUAUACGAUUAAUCACCUCAUUAAAAGUGGCGCAACACCUGGAAAGAUCGUGGUUGGCAUUCCUACAUAUGGAAGAUCUUAUACUCUUUUCAAUGAAGACGCAACCGAUCUUGGAUCUCCAGCUGAUGGACCUGGUGCCGAAGGAGAUGCCACGCGAGAAAAAGGAUAUCUAGCUUAUUAUGAAAUUUGUAAAAGUGUCCAAAAGGAUGACUGGAUUGUUGAAAAGCCCAAUCCGAAAGCGAUGGGUCCAUAUGCUUACAAAGAAAAUCAAUGGGUAGGUUAUGACGAUGAAGACAUAGUUCGAGAGAAAGCAAAAUACGUAAAUCAAAAGAAGCUUGGUGGUAUCAUGUUUUGGUCAAUCGAUAACGACGAUUUCCGCGGUGAAUGUCACGGCCGGCCAUAUCCUCUGAUUGAGGCUGCAAAAGAAGCUCUUCUUGAAGAGAAUGAAAAACAAAAGCCAGACGAACGGCCUAAUGCAAUCAGUUCGAGAAAAAGAAACAGAAUCACUGAAAGUUCAAAAUCUGAUUCUAACACUCGCAAAUCAAACAGAAAUUCCAACAGGAAAAAUACAAUUUCUCGAUCAGUCACGACGAAGAGACCAUCUUCAAAGACAAGGAGUAGAUCCAACACUAAAACAAGAACCCAACAAAAAAACGAUGAUGAAUCGGAUGAUGAAAAUGCAGAAAAUAGCGAGAAUGUAGAAACAACCAGAGCGCCGAAUAAACCUUCUAGGCCUCAAGUCACGAAUAAAAAUCGCUUCAGAGCGCGUCAAAAUACAAACGAUCGCGUUAACCGCAAGAAGCAAGUCUCAGAAUCUACAACGACACAAAGAUCCCGCAACAAUAAAAUAACCACACCUGAACCACCAACCACUCCCGAUCCUGGAAGCGAUUUUAAAUGCGAAGACGAAGGAUUCUUUCCCCACCCUCGAGACUGUAAGAAGUAUUUUUGGUGCCUCGAUAGCGGGCCAAGUGGUUUGGGUAUAGUAGCUAAUCAGUUCACCUGCCCAUCAGGACUGGUUUUUAAUAAGUUGGCCGAUUCUUGUGAUUAUCCACGAAAUGUGGUGUGCCCGAAACCAAAAUCUAAAGAUGCUCCAUCAACAACUACACAGCGUACAACAACAGAGAGAGAUGAAGUAAGUGAAGAGGACGACGAAGACGAAGAAUAUGAAGAUGAAGAAGAUGACGUCAAGGAAGUAGAAGAAAAGGUUGAAGAAAAACCGAAGAGAUUAACUACAACCACAGCUAGACCACUUCUGUAUAAAACAAUCAGUAGAAGCCGUCCGACAACUACAUCUACAACUACAACAACCACUACAACUACUACGUCUGCACCAUUUUCUACAGCUGCUACUCCUAGGUUAUCCGACGAUAUUUCCGAGGAAGAACAAGAUCCCAGAGUAAUCAAAGAACUGAUUGACCUAAUUAAAAAAGCCGGUGGAAUCGAACAGUUAGAAAAGCAAUUAGCUUUUCAAGAAAAGGGCGAGUCUGCUCAAGGAACUGGGCACGUUACACCAGCUACAAUAAGUAAAAGUUUGUACGAUAGAGUCUUAAAUCGGCAAUCUGGUAAGAAUAAUCUGUUCAAAAUACCGACUUCAAGAUUAUCCACUACUAGAAAAACUGAAGAAGUCAAAGAUACUAACGAAGAUGAAGAACAAGAUGAAAAAAUUGAAAAUGAUAGAUCACGUUCAAAAGUGAAAUUUGUGAAUGGUCCUGGAAGAUCACAGUUUGAGGGAUUAGACGAGGUUCCUGAAGUGAAAAGUUUACGUAGAUCUAACAAACCUAAGUAUGUGACGAUAGAGCGCCAUAGUUCUUCAACAACAUCAACGAAAAUAGACGACGAAUUGAUAGAGGGUGAAAGUGAUGAUGAUGAGGAAGAAGACAACGAAGAAAUAGCUUCUUCGGAAGAAAAAUUAAUAAGUAAUGUGCCAGAAGAAACAAGUUUGCCAACACAAAGAUCUACUCCAGGAUAUGUAAAUAUAAGACGCACUAGACCUACAACUACUACGGAAAUAUCACGGAAUGACAAUGAUAUCAAAGCAGAAGAUACGAUUGAUGACCAACCUACUCCGAACUUGCGACAACAUACUUUUAGAUCUACGGAACAGACGCAAAAAGCUACACAAGAAUAUACUACCCCGAAAUCAAGGUACAUCAGUAUAAAUCGAUUCCGAAGUACUACAGUUACGCCGGAAAAAGAGGUCAAACAAUCGACCAUCGAAAGUUCUACGGUAAAACCUGUAACCACAAGUGAGAUAUUGGAAAAAGAACUCGUGAAAGAUGAGAAAACCAUAACAGUAGCUGGAGAAUCAGGCAGGAUAAGUAUUUCUCCAUUUACUACGGAAACGCCUUCAACAGCUCGUCUAUUCUCAGAUUUGUUGUCCACUGUUGCACCAACGACCCCUUAUAUUGACGAAGAUUUCGAUAGUACACAUCAUACUACGAAGCGGGUAUUGGAAGCCAAUGCCACCCCUAACCCUAAUAUUAUUGAAGAUAGUGUUACCGAGUCUUUAUUAACUAUUGCCCCAACUGAAUCAAGCACAAAAGAAACGAUCGCAGCAGUUUCGCAACCUCGUCCGUUCGGUUUCCCUCGGAGAACUAGGCCCACUUCAGCUGCACCAACGAUUACCGAUACAACACGUAGUUCUUUAGCAGGAACAGAACCAACAUCAAGAACUAAGGUGAGUACAUCCUCCAGAAAUUUAGCACGAUCUACAACAAAAGCACCCAGAACACGUACAAGAUCGCGCACGCGAAAUCAUGAAAAGUCGAUAAGCACUGUUGAUGAUGAACACUUAAGUCACCAAGAUGAAGCUUUGCAAAACAAUUCUGAAUUGCAGGAAAAUCAAAAAGAUACUGAGCCGGUAAGUCGGUCCAGGUCUACAAUCGCUAAUCGAGGCUCUAGUAGGUUCAGACAAAGUACACGUUCACGUGAUUCAAAUAUAAAAAAAAGUAACGAUGAUCUCGAACAAACUAAAAACAGCGAGCGAUUUAGCAGACGACACCGCAGGCCAUUAAAAGCGACAACCGUUUCAAACGAAUCAGAGGAUACCAGAGUUGCGAAAAUUACACCCACACAAUCUACAAGAAGUAGAAACUUUUAUCGACAAUCGCGUAUAAAAUUAGAUCAACAAACAGCUGAUACUUUUGAUAAUAAAGCUCGGACUAUCAAAAAUGUUGAUUUGCCAAAAACAUCAACAACUUUUAGUAGCACAUUAGGAUCUACUAUAGCGGUUGAAAGUAGUACCGAAAAUCUGAGUACCGAAAAUUUGAAUAUUUUUACCAGCGAAAAGGAAGAUACCACUGAAAUCAGUCAAACAGAAACUACACCUUUUAUAAUUGAGGUAACAGAACCUAUCACAAGCGAAACUUUUACUUCUACGUAUCCAGUAGAAGAAGAAACAUUUAGUUUAUUGGAAUCAUCAUUGCAAACAACAGUUCCUUCAUUUUUAUGGAAUAGUUAUAGAACCAAUAUGGAUAAUUUGAAUGACGAAGAUAUUCAAACUACAAUUUUCGAUACGACUACAGAAAGUUUUAAUGCUAAGCUUUCUACUAUUCCAUCAAGCAGCACAGCAACUCUUUCAUCAACUGACCAAAUAACAAACAAAAUUCUUCUAAGAAAACGACUAUCGACGACGCCUACGUCGGUCGAUAGACAACCUCAUGAUGAUGUUAAUUCGCGAAGACGUAAAGUUGUAAGACGCCUUCGACCUCUUCAAGAUCCAAACUUAAACACAACUAGAUCUGAAACAACACGAGGUAGAUCUCGAUAUGCUAACAAAAGGUUGUCUUCUGAACCGUCUUAUCAAAAUUCUAACAACGAAAACGAUAAUCAAAAAUCAACGACUUUGUCAUUAAAUCAAUCUGUAAAACCGAAAUCACGGUAUAUUCGUAGGAAAAUUGUUAAAUCGCCAGGUACACCUACUACAUCUUCUACGCCCACUACCGUUAUCAAUAAGAGAAAACAUAUCUUUGAACGUUAUCGACCUACAUCAGGACCUUUAGGUAAGCUCGAUACUUUGAACGAUGAAAAUGAUUAUAAUUCUGCUGAUUACAAUCACGACUCCGUUCCUAAAGACACUUCAAAAGACAGCAAAUCGAGUCAGAUCAAUUCUCAUUUAGACGUACCAGAUAUUCCUCAGGAAAAUAUAGAUAUUUCUCAAACACCCGAAUAUCGAAAAUCAAGGACUAGAUUUAGGAUAAAAAAUAAUGAACCAAAAGAAUUUGAAAACUUUACACCGAAAAAUAAAGUUACGUCACGAUACUUAUCUAGAACCACAAGCACGACAGAGAGCAGCAUUCAAGAAACGCUUGUACCGACCAAGAAAUUCGAUUAUUUUGCUGACGCAAUAAAACGUGCAAAUCAAUUACAACGAACCACGCCAAAAUUUAAUAACGACAACGGUGUAUUAGUGUCAACAUCUAAACCAUUGGUUACAAGAUUAGUCACAUCGAUUGUGGAAUCUGCUACUACAGAAAGGCAAAAAAUUUCAAUCAAAAAGAAGUAUUCGUCAUUAACUUCAUUUACUUAUAUUCCAAAAACUACAACCGUUUCACCGUAUUCAUACUUACAAAGAAAUAAAGAAAAAAGAAAAAAUCAAUUACUAAAUGAAAUAUCGCCAGGAUUUUCGACUGAACAAAGUGUUGAAUGGUCAACAUUACCAAUUGAAAGUGAAUUUAGUGAUAAAAAGUUUACAACUGAAUCUAGCGAUGAAUCAUCAUCAACGAUAGAAAUAGAAUCAGUUUUUAGUAAUUUGAUAGGACACUAAAAUAUUUAUUUGUAGAUUGUUAAUUUAAAGAUCAUUUAGUAUCAUUUAUAUGAUCAUCUACAACACACACGAAACUCUUAUUUUUUCAAACACACCCCUACUCUGGCUUGAUGUUAUCUACUACACUACUUUGUCCCUGCUUCUUCUCUUCUUGCUUAUUCCAUGGACAAACUUCAAUCUAUAGAAACCAGAAGAAUAUGUAUAUAUUAUGAUUUCUAGGUAUCCGAUGAGCUGAUAUCUCAUUAUCCUGACUACAAGGAGAUUACUACUCAUAAAAGCAUAAGUCAUUUUAUAACUGAACAUCCAAAGAAAAUAAGUAUCUCAAACAAUAGC